UCGAUUUUAGACACUAAAGCCGUGUGUAAAACGUCGUAUGCUUGCUCUUAUUUGGCUCAUUUCAAUUUGAGACGUGCUCGUGGACAUAACGUCGGUGUAGAAAUUCUUCGACUGAGAAUAUUUACAGGAAAACACAUAUUUGCAACGGAAAAUGGUUUUCAUAACAAAAUUCGCACGUGUCGGUGUGCAGGCGGCUCGUCAGCUGCGUGCCAAGCCCGUUGCAGUGUCACAGUGGCGUAAUUUUCACGUGAGCUGCAUGCUCGACAAAGAAAGACGUUACACAGACAAGCACGAGUGGGUUGAACUGUUGGAUGCCAAUAAGGCCAUCGUGGGAAUCUCCAGCUAUGCACAGGAAGCACUGGGAGACGUUGUUUUCGCUCAGCUGCCCGAACCAGGAACUGAACUCAAGCAGGAUGACGAAUGUGGUGCUCUGGAGAGCGUCAAGGCAGCCAGUGAGGUUUACUCACCGGUGAGUGGAAAGGUGACGGAAAAGAACUCACAGGUUGAAGAUUCUCCAGCGUUGGUCAACACCAGUUGUUACGAGAAGGGAUGGCUGUUCAAGGUCGAUCUCAAGAACCCUGACGAAUUCAAUAAACUCAUGACUGAGGAGCAAUACAAAUCUUUCCUAAGCAGCAGCGCUGAUCAUUAGCGAGUUAUGGAAGGUUGUCAUUAGCUGCUCCUGUUGUUAUCUCACGAUCCACUUAUCAGACUCAUCCACUCACACACACGCACACGUUGUUGUCGCUUUUGGAUUUCGUUACGCUUUAAGAAUAAACUGAAAAGCCAAAUAUUACACUUAAAUCACAA